AUGGUGCAGAUCAAAGAAUUCCGUAUCACCAUGCCCUUUACUCUCGACGAGUAUCGAGUGGGGCAGACGUACAUGCGGUCGCGAAUGCAAAUGGAGAACACCAAGGGGCGCGAGGGCAUCGAGGUGAUCGCAAGCGAGCCGUUUAAAGACGACGUCUUGGGCGAGGGGCACUUUUCGCACGUCGUCUAUCACUUUCAAAGCCGCGCGCCCGCGUGGAUCCGCGCGCUCGCCCCGGUCGAGGCGCUGCGGCUCGAAGAAAAGAACUGGAACGCGUUUCCCCGAUGCCGCACGGAGAUUAGCUGCCCGUACUUCUCCAACUACAAGAUCACCACCGACUCGUUUCACGUCGCCGACCGUGGCGAAUCGGAGAACGCGCUGAAGCUGUCGGAGGCUGAGCUGGAGCUACGCAAGGUGGACCACUUGGACAUCGCGUCGGCCGACAGGGACAUGUGGUCGCGAACCAUCGCGCGGAAACGCACCGACCCCUCCAAGAUCGCCCUGCUUAAACUCAACCGCGGCCCGCUCGUCCCCGGAUGGCAGGAAACGUGUCAGCCUGUAAUGACGGUCUACAAGGUUGUACACGUGGACGCACCCUACUGGGGGAUCGGUCGGCAGAUGGAGCUCGCGACUAUCGCGGCGCAACGCGCUCUUUACCUGGAGGCGCACAGGAAGUGCUAUGGGUGGGCAGACGACUGGUGCUCUUUGACUGUGGCUGAUGCACGGCGGAUAGAGCAGGAGAACAUUGACAAAAUGCGAAAGAGCCUUUCCUUGAGUGACCGCUUUGAUGAAGAAGCUUCCAGCGAGUCAACAGAGGAUGCAGAAGAGGGAGAGGAGGAAGAGGAAGAGGACAUGUUCAACACGGUGGCACCCCUGCCUGCUGUUGCUUCUGUGGCUGCAUAA